GAUAAUCCAUCCAGACUGGAUUCUCUACAGAGGAGAAAACAGGGGAAGGAAGCGCUGCCGGCCAAAAAACUAAUACAUAAAAAAGUUUUCGCCCGAGUGAGUCGUCGAGACAGACGUUUCGAGACGUCGUCGGAGGAAGCCGGGGGUCCGCGGGCUCUGUCCCCCUCCUCAUAACGAACUAUGGACGCUUUAAAAUCGGCUGGCCGGGCGAUAAUUCGGAGUCCCAGUCUGGCCAAGCAGAGCUGGACCUCUGGAAAACACAAGAAGCUUCCAGAAAACUGGACGGAUACGAGGGAGACCCUGCUGGAGGGGAUGGUGUUCCAGCUGAAGUAUCUGGGCGUGACGCUGGUGGAGCAGCCCAAAGGAGAAGAGCUGUCAGCCGCGGCCGUCAAGAGGAUUGUUGCUACGGCCAAAGCCAGUGGGAAGAAGCUACAGAAAGUAACGUUAAAGGUCUCUCCAAGAGGGAUCAUACUUUAUGACAGUGCCUCAAAUCAGCUGAUAGAAAACAUCUCCAUUUACAGGAUCUCGUACUGUACCGCUGAUAAGAUGCAUGAUAAAGUGUUUGCCUACAUUGCUCAAAGCCAACGCAAUGAAACGCUGGAGUGCCAUGCCUUCCUCUGCACCAAAAAGAAAGUGGCGCAGGCAGUGACUUUAACGGUAGCGCAGGCCUUCAGGGUGGCGUUUGAGUUCUGGCAGGCUGCCAAAGAAGAGAAAGAGAAGCGAGUGAAGUCAGGUUCAGAUGGAGGAGUAGCCAGCAACUCUCACGCAGAGAAUUCAGACAGUCUGAAAGAAGGAGAGGUGGCUACAGGAAACCUGCUGAACUUGGAGGAAGGAGCUAUAAUGGCGAUGGUACACUCAGGAUGUGAAGACACCCACACACACACAGCACAGAGCAUCAGCACAGAAAACAACAACACAGUAUGGGAGCUUGACGAUGGGCUGGAUGAAGCUUUCUCAAGACUCGCUGAGUGUCGCGCUAACCCCCAGGUCCUGGACAUUGGGCUAAACCCUCAGGACUACAACGCUGAAGAGUGCCUGUCGCCUGGCAACUGGGACAAAGUGGAUGCAGAGGCAGCUGACGCUGAGGACACUUUUGGCUUCUGAGAACAAGAUGGGUUAGUUAACGAAUCUGAACGAACAGAUAAAUAGAAGAAAAGGGAAGGAGGAUGGUCCUCUCGCUGGUGCUUGGAGAUGCAACUGGGUGAAGAAGCUGAGGAGAUGCUGCAAAGCCAGUCUUAACACACAAACUGCAUCCAGUACUCAGACCAAAGCAAUACAGAAUAAAUGACAAAUGUCUUUUGGUUUUCCCUUUGAGUGCGACACUAUAUGUCCAAAAGUCUCCAGACACCCUUCUAAUUAGUUAAUUUGACUAUUUUAAGGUGCUUGUAUACAGCUUGUAUAAUCUCCAUAGAAAAGCACUAUCAAUACAAUGGGCUGCUUUGGAGCUGCUGCACAUGAGCCUAAGGUCACCAUGCCCACUGGCAAGCACUGACUAUAGGGGUAUAAAGCUCUUGAGCAUUGGAAACUGCGCUCUCUGGACUGAUGGAGCUCCAUCCAAUAACUGAAAGAUAAAUUGGAGUGGCUGAUGGCUCUUGUGGCUGAAUGCAAUCAAACCCUCACAGCAGUGUUCCAGUGUAAAGCCUUCCCGGAUGAGUAGAGGCUGCUGUCGGGGGGCAAUCUCAAUAUUAAUACUCUUGGCUUCAGAAGAAGCAUUGGUUCAGCAAGUGUCAACAAACUUUUGGACAUUUAGUGCUAUUUUAAGUUAGACAUUUUCUGUUACAGUCUGUAGGUUGUUUUUUGUUUCUUCUCAUAUUUGUAUUAAGUGUGUCUCUAUUAAAGGGGAAUUUUCACAAUAUCUGCAAGUUUCAAUGGGUUAAGAUGUAAAGUUUUUCAGAGUGGUUUUAAAAAAAGUGCAGUUCUAGAGAAAAUUGCAGAUUCAGGUGGUGAUAGGGAACCAAACAUCGAAGCAUUUAGUAGAAGUGUUAUGAAUACAUUACAUGAUCUCUGAAACAGAUUUACAGUAGUUUUGAAAUAAGGUUUUGGCUUAAAAUAUAUUUAAAAUAUAUGCGAUAUGAACAUUUAUGUGCAGAGUGUCAUAAGGCAAAAUAGUACCCAAAGAAAUUGUGUUUUUUUGCAGAUUUACCACUAUUUUACAGUCAUCAUUACAUAUAAACACUCAGAAGACACGUGAAG